AUGGCCCCCAAUGGCGUUGAUCCCAAUGAACCUCGCUCUGUGCGAGCCGAGGAAGUUUAUGGUCCAUAUCCCAAGAACUGCAUGACUCCUUGGAAAAACUCCCGCGAUGAAGGCCGUGAAGGAGAUGCCGUCGACGUGGAAAAUUUGAAAGAAAUUGCCGCCCAAAAUUUCAUGGAAUUGCCGUGCGAUUAUCGCGACAAGGGGACUCCCGACGAUUGGAUCCCUCGCGAUGGACGCAUGGUCCGAUUGACGGGUCGUCAUCCCUUCAAUGCCGAGCCACUCUUGCCGGAAUUGACCAAACACAAUCCCAAAAAUCCAUUCUUGUUGCCCGCCAAUUUGCACAUUAUUCGCAACCACGGUACCGUCCCCAAGUUGGACUGGGAGACGCACACCCUCAGCAUCGAAGGACCGUUGGUCUCCGACCCCGUCAAACUCUCCAUGGACGAAUUGACCACGACGUAUCCCACUACCGAAUUUCCAGUCACUAUUUCCUGUUGUGGAAAUCGUCGAAAGGAAAUGAACAUGAUCAAACAGACCAUUGGAUUCAACUGGGGUAGUGCUGCCGCGGGAACCAACGUCUACAAGGGUGUUCUACUUCGUGAUUUGCUCAAAUCGGUUGGUGUCACGGCCGAAUCCGUGGCCGAUAUGACCGGUUCCUUUGUCGAAUUUAUUGGCAAUGAAGAUUUGGGAAACAAAUGCGGUGGACCUGGUCCAUUUCCCGAUGAACCAUGGGCGGAAAAGGUCAAGUACGCCACGAGUAUCCCUCUGGCCAAAUGUCUGGAUCCUGCCGAUGAAGUCAUGGUGGCAUUCCAGGCGAAUGGACAACGAUUGCAUCCCGAUCGUGGAUACCCCAUUCGACUGGUCAUUCCGGGAUACAUUGGUGGACGCAUGAUCAAGUGGUUGACUCGCAUCCGUGUCAUCCCACAUGAAUCGCACAGCUGCUAUCAUUACUGGGACAACAAGUACUUGCCACCUCAAGUCACUGCCGAAGUUGCGGCCAAGGAUGGAUGGUGGUACAAGCAAGACUACAUUAUCAAUGAACUCAGUCUCAACUCGUUCAUCAACAAGCCCGCGCACAAUGCCACCAUCCCGCUCGCGGCCAAUAUUGACAAGACCAUGGUCGUAUCGGGAUACGCCCAUUCCGGUGGCGGUCGCAAGGUCACACGCGUCGAAGUGAGUUCCGAUCUCGGUGUCACUUGGAAUUUGGCAGAUAUUGAUCGCAAGGAACAACCCAAUCCGUACGGCAAAUACUGGUGCUGGGUCUGGUGGUACUACGACUUGCCCGUGGCGCAAAUGGGCAAGGAGUUGUGGGUCCGAGCCUGGGAUACCUCCAACAGUCCUCAAGCCGAACGUCCCGUGUGGACACUCAUGGGACAAUCGUCCAAUCACGUCUUUCGGGUAUUGGUCCACACCGAAACCAGUCCAGAUACGGGCAAGGUCGUGUACCGAUUCGAGCAUCCCACCCAGGCAGGUCAACAGUCGGGAGGAUGGGCGACGCGACUUGCCGGAAAGGUCAAGAGUGCUGGAUACGGUGAAAUCAACUUGGCGUCGUAUGUCGAUUAG